UGGUUUUGGAUGUCCUUAGCUGAAUGAGAGGCAGGCUGUUUGUGUGUUUUAAUCUUAGCAGUUGGAUUUAGUGUGUACAUGCUAUGUAUGUUUUCAUUCAACUUGUAAAUAUAAUUUGCCACUUUUGACUUCGAUAACAUUCAAAUAGGAUGUUUUUUUGUUUUUUUAAAGUGAUUUUUGUUGCCUUAUUUAAACUUUGUUGGAGAGUUCAUUUGGCUGGGUUAUAGCAUCGUGUCUAAGUCAUUUAGUUUGUUGGUGACUUCAGAAGAAGUGGAUGACCAAACUGUGUUCUUUGGGGCAAAAAUCUGUUUGUACGCAUUUGAACAGUUUUAUUGUGACAUUGUUUGUUGUGUGUAGUGAGGAUCUUACCACAUUCACUAGGAAAUAUCUUAUCAAAUUCACUUGGAAAUAUCUUCUGAACUGAGUGCUGUGGAUCCAAUUGUAGAACUUGUCAACAUUUUAUUACAAAUUGGUCAUUGAUCAGAAGUGAAUAGUAUGACUAAAGUAGAUAAAGUAGUAAUAUUAGCAGAUAUAAUUGAUUUGAAUGAAGAUUUGGCAGUUAAAUGUAAUAUAAGUUGUAAUUUUGGACAAUUGAUGCAGUUUCACAGUAAAGUAAUAUGAACACAGUGUUCAGUUUUGAAUAAGGAAUUGGUAUUUACCUGGAAUAUAUGAAAAAGAGCAAUAUUGACUGACAUGAUUUUACCGUGAUGUAACUAAUGUUGACGUAGGAAUAGUUGACUAAAUUUUUGAGUGAAUCUAUGAAAAACAGAACAUAAAUUCAAAUGUACUAGUAGUAUUCGUACCUAAAACCUACACAUAACACUUUAUGAAAUUAAAGUGUAAAUACUUUGAUCAUGAAGUCUGACAGUGAAAGUCAGACAGUUUCCAUGGAAAUGGAUAGUGACUGUGGCAUAGUAAAUCCAGCCCUAGAUGUUGGAGAAUCAGAGUCCUCCUUGAAUGCUGUUGGUCAGUUGAGUAAUAACAAUAAAACUGUGGUGUUGAAAUCUGUUGGUAAAUUACCAGGUGCUGGCCAACAAGAUACUGACAGAGUUGUAAGUGAGGCACAAUCUGAACAGGAAACAUCCUCUGUGAAAAGCUGGUUUACUGGGACAAAUGUUUUAGUGUACAGCACCCAUUUUCUGUCAGCAUGGGGAGACCGAAUGUGGAGUUUUGGAAUUGGACUGUUUCUGAUUGGCAUUUCCCCUGACUCAUUACAGCUGACGGCCAUAUAUGGCUUGUCAAGGGGAAUCAGUGUGCUCCUGUUUGGGGCAAUUGUUGGGGACUGGGUGGACAAUACCCCAAGACUCAAAGUUGCCCAACUCUCAUUGGUUCUACAGAACGUGUUUGUUGUGUUGUGUGCGGGGGUGGUGUAUGCGUUCAUCAUGUUUAAAGAUGACAUUGCGGGGAUGUGGGAUGACUGGCUGCAGCGUGCCUGUUACGCUGUCAUCAUAUUGUUGAGCAUCCUGUCCAACCUCUUCAGCAUCGCCCGCGUCAUCGCUGUCGAACGAGACUGGAUCGUGGAAAUCUGUGGCAGAGACAAGGACAAGCUUGCUCACAUGACAUCUUCUCUGCGUAGAAUUGACUUGUCGACAAAGAUCGUGGCCCCGAUAGCCACGGGACAGAUCAUGACAUACGCCGGACUCGAGAAUGGGGCUCUCUUUAUUGGCAGCUGGAAUCUCGUGUCCGUGUUUGUCGAGUAUUUCCUCGUGUGGAAAGUCUACAAUGCAGUUCCAGCAUUGAAGAAGAAGAAAGACAAACGCAAAUCAGAUAAGAUCUUGGAAGAUGCAGAAGAAGAUGAAUGCCCUGUUUCCAUAGCAACAGAAGGAAUUAAUGACAAAGUUGGUAGUGAAACUGAAGUAGAGUCAACAGGUCAAAACAGUGAUAUCAUAGAAGAAAUAAAUCAUAGAAAUUCAGGAAAAGACUUAGGUGGAAGAAAAGAUCCAUCCAAGUCACAAUCUGUAAAUAUAGUGCAUAUUGAACUAGAACCGAAAUCUGGGAUGAAAUCUCUGGAUGACCAGGAUAAUAAAACAUCUACAAAAGAAAGAGAUGAACUUGAUAACAGGGCAUCUACAAAAGAAAGAGAUGAACUUGAUAACAGGGCAUCUACAAAAGAAAGAGAUGAACUUGAUAACAGGGCAUCUACAAAAGAAAGAGAUGAACUUGAUAACAGGGCAUCUACAAAAGAUGUAGGUGAUAUUGAACGUGAUGAGGUUAAUAAAGCCGAAGCGUCAUGCUGGGGCCGAUGUUGUCGCAGGACGUUCCACAGCGUGAUCGUUCUGUUCCGUGGAUGGAGGACGUAUGUGGGAUACGACGUGUCACGAGCGGGUCUCGGUCUUGCGUUUCUCUACAUGACCGUCCUCGGAUUUGAUAACAUUACUGUUGGAUAUGCUUAUUCUCAGGGUAUUACCGAGUCUGUUCUCGGUAUGUUGAUGGCCGUGUCUGCUCUGAUUGGUAUUGCGGGAACCAUCGUUUAUCCUUUCUUACGUCGGAAAAUCGGACCGGAACGCACCGGCUUGUUCGCCCUUUCUUCUCAGAAUGCAUGUCUGUUGCUGUGUGUGGUUUCGGUAUGGAUGCCGGGCAGCCCAUUUGACCCGUUCGGAACCGGCAAGACGGAUUCAAACUGUACUGUCAGCAGUUUACAAGCUGGGAAUGUCAGCCUGACCACGACUGGUGCUACCAGUCUAGUGUAUGCAGCAGGGAAUAAUGUAAAUGUGUUGUCUGUGAUGUCCACGGUGGUCCCUCUUGGUGUCAAUACUUCAACAACGGAGGGAAGUGGUUCGUGCGAGUCGGUGCCGGAUUCGUAUCUGUCGAUUGGAUUGCUGAUGGCGGGAAUAAUGACUGCCAGAUUCGGUCUGUGGCUGGCUGAUUUAGCCAUCACUCAAGUAUUUUUAGAAAAUGUCAUCGAGAGCGAGCGUGGUGUUGUGAACGGCGUACAGAGUUCUCUGAACCAGCUCAUGGACAUGCUCAAGUUUGCGAUGGUCGUCGCCAUACCAGUAGCUCACCUUUUCGGGUUUCUCAUUCUCGUGUCGUUCGCUUUUGUCAUCUGUGGAGCACUCUUCUAUGCCAGCUAUUCUCGAAAAGCUCGUGGCCAUCUUUUUCACUUUGAGAAAUGUGUCAAGAAUAAUAACAAAUCCCCUUCCAUUGGUGCCUAAUGGUAUAAAAUAUUGUAACGUCAUUUUGAAAUAUCUGUGAACAACAGUAACACGUUUUUUCCUUUUAUUGGUGCCUGAUGUUAUAAAAUAUUUAUAAAGCCAUUUUGAAAAAAAAUCUGUGAACAACAGUUUUCCUUUUAUUAGUGCCUAAUGUUAUAAAAUAAUCUGGAUGUCUCUUAUUUUUCAUUUUGAAGAAUGUGUAAAUAGAGGAUUUGUCAUGAGUUUUUUUAUAUAUGGAAAAUGUCAACCAAGUCUGUGUUAAUCGGUAUUUGUUGAGGCUCUGCCGAGACAAAUACCAACUAACAAGACAAGGUAGUGAAUUCUAUUUAUUGUAUAACAUAUCUAAAAUAAUAUUUUAAUUUGAUAUUUAGUAAAUCACACUUGUAAAGUCACCGCCAUCGGUACUAUUUGAUCAUAAUGAUGAGCUCAAAUGUAGCACUUUAACUAAAUCUUAUCAAAAUGUUACAUUCAGGUGUACAGGUCUUGAUGGCUUGUAAGCAAAAAAUUAUUAACCGGGUUAGAUAAAGCAAAAUUCUUAAGAGUUUUGGAUAUUAUAAGUAAUUAUAGGAUAAAAUAAUAUUUCUUCACCUGUAGGAGCUGAUGUUAUAGAACACUGGAUUUCUCUCAUAAUAAUUAGCGCCUAACCUAGCUGAAAACGACUUGGGAGCAGGGAGGGGCAAUUAAAAAUAAUUAUUAUGUCAACAAUUCAUAAAUGAAUGUUAAUUAACAUUAUUUUACUACCAUACAUGUUAUAUGUAUAUGUUUCUAAUGUGCCUUGCCAUACUGAAAACUUAGUGAUAAGUGUGAGUGAUUGUUGGUAAAAAAAAAAAAAAAGUGCUUGAAAAGUAUGGGGUACAUGUAAAAAAAAAAUACUAAAAUUUUGUGCGGAACUAGAGUAGUCAUAAGCUACCAAUUAUCUCUGAAAUGAGCAGCUUCACCCUCAAUUUUUUUCUGAUUCACUUUAAGGGUGAUGGGUGGUAGUAUUUAUAUCUGUGGUGUUUAAGUCAGUCGAUGCACUGCAGGUAUGAGUUUAAGCCAUUUAGACGUCACUAUUGUUGUCUGUGAGAUUUGAUUUGGUGGUAUACACCCAGAACCACCCUUGCUAGUCCUUCUUUAACAGAAUUUGGUUUACAUUAUUAGUCGGUUGAUACAGUGAAACCUCUCAAAACCAGACCCUCUAUAAACUGAAAUUCCCUAAAUACCGGACAUGUUUAACUGUCCCUUUUUAAAAAUCGGUACAAAACUUAACCUGUCUAAACCAGAUACCUCUUAAAUCCAGACAUUUUACUUGGUCCUGAGGGUGUCCGGUUUAAAGGGGUUUCACUGUAGUAUUAUUUCCUUAUGUUGUUAUAUUUUGUUUUUGACUGACAAAGAUUAGGGGGUGUUUUAUGUCUGCUCACGAUAUAAAGUUAAGCCUAUAUUAGAGAUCUCUUUGCCGUGUAUUGUAAAAAAUUUAAUAUGAUAACAUGGUUUGUCUUGUAUACUAAAUGCUGAAUAGUGCUAAAAUUUGCCAUAAUAUGCUUUACUAUUACAGUGGUAAAGCAAUGUUGCAUAAAAUUAACUGUGAUGAAGAUGCUAGUUACUUUAUAAUAAUAGCAAGAAGGUGCCUUAAUUUAAAAAUAUAUACAUGGUUUUUGUUUAAU